GAUAGCUUCGCAAGAUGGCGGCGCGCUGGGAGCGUAACAUCUGCGUUUCUUGGAGCUUCACGCUGCGGGUGGCUUAAGAUUCUGAGAUUUUUACAGGCCCACACCAGGCACCUUGUCGGUCAGGAACAUCGGUCUCAGAGAUGGCUCCGAGUAAAUCAAUGCAUGAAAGAAAUAGAUACAAGGACAUACCUCCUGAUUUUGCUUAUCUGGCAUCCAAAUACCCAGAUUUUAAGCAGCAUGUUCAGAUAAAUCUGAAUGGAAGAGUAAGUGUUAAUUUUAAAGACCCUGAAGCAGUCAGAGCUCUGACUUGUACUCUCCUAAAGGAAGAUUUUGGACUUUCAAUUGAUAUUCCGUUGGAGAGACUAAUUCCCACAGUUCCGUUGAGACUCAACUAUAUUCAUUGGGUGGAAGAUCUGAUUGGUCAUCAGGACUCUGACAAAAGUACUCUACGAAGAGGAAUUGACAUAGGUACUGGGGCAUCCUGCAUCUAUCCCUUACUUGGAGCAACCUUAAAUGGCUGGUAUUUUCUUGCUACGGAAGUGGAUGAUAUGUGUUUCAACUAUGCAAAGAAAAAUGUGGAACAGAAUAACUUAUCUGAUCUCAUAAAAGUGGUAAAAGUGCCUCAAAAGACACUCCUGAUGGAUGCUCUUAAAGAAAAAUCUGAGAUAAUCUAUGACUUUUGUAUGUGCAACCCACCCUUUUUUGCCAACCAAUUGGAAGCCAAGGGAGUAAACUCUCGAAACCCUCGAAGACCUCCACCUAGUUCUGUAAAUACAGGAGGUAUCACAGAGAUCAUGGCAGAAGGAGGUGAAUUAGAAUUUGUUAAACGGAUCAUCCAUGACAGUUUACAGCUUAAAAAAAGAUUAAGGUGGUAUAGCUGUAUGCUGGGAAAGAAAUGCAGCCUGGCUCCUCUGAAGGAAGAACUUCGCAUUCAAGGGGUUCCUAAAGUUACCUUCACUGAGUUUUGUCAAGGUCGGACAAUGAGAUGGGCCUUAGCUUGGAGUUUUUAUGAUGAUGUCACAGUACCAUUACCACCAAGUAAGCGAAGAAAAUUAGAGAAGCCAAGAAAACCAAUUACAUUUGUAGUGUUGGAGUCUGUGAUGAAAGAAUUAUCCCUCAAAGCAUCAUCUUUGGGCUCUGAGACAGUGGAAGGCAUAGUGGUUGUGACAACAUGGAUAGAAAAAAUUCUCACUGAUUUAAAGGUCCAGCAUAAACGGGUUCCCUGUGGAAAAGAGGAAGUUAGUCUUUUCCUGACAGCCAUAGAAAACUCCUGGAUUCAUUUAAGGAGAAAGAAAAGAAAGCGAGUGAGACAACUGAGGGAAGUGCCUCGAGCUCCUGAGGAUGUCAUACAGGCCUUGGAGGAGAAAAAAGCCAUCCCCAGAGAGUUGGGCAGUAGCCAGGAUGUGGCCCCAAACCCCCAGGAGGGUACCCUUUGUGGGUCUUCUCUGCAGGAGGGCGAGUCUGCCACUUUUGGGGGCCACUGCCCAAGCCAGGAGUCACUGUCCCAAGAGGAAACCCCAGAAUCCAUGGAGGAUGAAAGGAGUGAGGAAAGGGGAGGAGAUGAGGUUGUAGAAAGUUGUAAAGUCUCUUGCAAUGAAGCCCAGGACCUAGAAGUUUCUGAGCAGUUUAGCAAUCCAGGGGCUGAAAAGGGGAAGCCCCUCCAAGGAGCAGCUGGACAUUACUUAUUUAAGUGUUUGAUAAACAUUAAGAAGGAAAUGGAUGAUGCCUUAGUUGAAAUGCACUGGGUUGAGGGGCAGAACAGAGAUUUGAUGAACCAGCUUUGUACCUAUAUACGUAACCAGAUUUUCAGGCUUGUUGCUAGUUAACUCUAAACUUGCAGUUAGAAGAGUAUCUGUAGAGGACUGGGGUUGUAGCUCGGUGGUAGGGCAAGUGCUUAGUAUGUGGAAGGGCCCUGAGUUCCAUCCCCAGUCCCCGAUCCCCAACCACAAAAAAAAAAAAAAGAAAGAAAGAAAAAAAAAAAGUCUUUUUAA